AUGACAAACUCCAAUGAGCACAAUGUAUACUUCGGGUCUAACUCGCUCAAAAAGUACUUCAACCCUGACUGCCAGCCUCCUCUACCACUGGUUGAACUUCCGGAAUAUUUGAAUCCAUUCUACGAUGAUGGAGUUCGAAUAUAUGCCAAAAUGAUGACUAUGCACCCCGCCAACAAUGUCAAGGCCAUGCCAGCAUUGAACAUGCUAGAGUCGAGUGUGGAUUCAAACAAGACAAAGACCAUCAUAGAAUACAGCUCCGGGUCGACGGUGAUCUCGAUGUCGAUGAUUGCUCGAGUAAUACAUGGCGUGCAGGACACCCGGGCAUUUCUGAGCAACAAGACCAGCGAUGCCAAGUUGAAGCUGAUGCAGUUCUUCGGUCUUGAUAUCACACUCUUUGGCGGCCCCUCGCAGCCGGAGCCCGUCGAUAGCCGGGGCGGUAUUCAAAGUGCACACCGUAUGGCCAAGGAAUCCGAUGAGAUCGUCAAUCCCAACCAAUACGAAAACGACAAUAACUGGCAGUCGCACAUACGCUGGACAGGACCUCAGAUUUUUCGGCAAUUGCCUGAGAUUAAUGUGCUGUGUGCUGGUAUGGGUACUUCUGGCACCAUGACCGGGCUGGGGACGUACUUCAAGGGAGUCAAGCCCUCCGUGAUGAGACUCGGGGUUUGCACAGCAGCAGGCGAUAGGGUGCCUGGCCCCCGAUCCUACGCGCUGAUGCGUCCUGUGGAGUUCCCCUGGAAAGAAGCAGUGGAUGCAAUUGAAGAAGUUGGCUCCGUAGACUCGUACAGUUUGUCUCUGAAGCUGUGCCGUGAGGGCCUUGUAUGUGGUCCCUCAUCCGGUUUCAACUUGCAAGGGUUAUUCCAGAUGCUAUCCAAGCGCAAGGCCGCGGGGACACUGUCUGACCUUGCUGGCUCGGGCGGGAUUACGCACUGCGUGUUUUUGUGCUGCGACCUGCCAUAUCAGUAUAUUAGCGAGUAUUUCCAGAAGCUUGAGACGGAGGAAUUCCCGCCCAUCCGGAACGAGCGCCUGGCCAAGGUUGAUCUGCACCGGUACGAUGAGGCCUGGGAGCGAGAUGCACUCGAAGUUCUCCCCCAGGUCUAUGCCUCCGCGCGACCCCUUGAGCAGACUCUAUUGAGCCAGAUCACACUGAAACACCUACACCGAGUACUGGACCUCCGACAAGCUGCCGACUUUAAUACCUGGCAUCUCCCAGAAUCCAUUAACAUCUCACUCUCCAGCCUUGGACCGCACAUGAGAUCGCCGUUUUCGGACUCGGCCGUGCUUGAGUCGCAGUGGGUUGAGCUAGAGCAGAUCUUCAGGAAUGAGCGCCUAGUCUCAGAUCUUGGUUUGCAUCACGUUCUAGUAGUGUGUUAUAGUGGAGAUACGGCACGCGUGGCUACCAGUGUACUUCGGGCCAAGGGCAUUAAUGCGGACAGUGUACGUGGAGGUCACCAUGCGUUGCGGAUGCAUGGCAUUGGAAGGAAGAUGUCUGUAACGGCAGAGUGCUCCACUUCCAAGAUACCUAUUGCGACAGCAGUGUCUGUUUCUACGGUACCCCCUUGA